AUGGAUUCCAAGAUUAGGGUAGUUAUUGAAGGGGAAAUUAUUUCCUUACAAGAUUUGCUUGAUGAGGCAGGUAGCUGCAUUGGUGAUACCGAUACACCUAAAUCGACCCUCGUAAUGUAUGAACGUUGUCUUACUGAGGGUCUACGACGUUUUGAAGAUAGUUGGUCACAGAAGGUGACGAUUAUUUCACAGGAUAGUGAAUAUGAGAGGUUAUAUAGAAGUUAUAGAGCAAUAACUAGAUGUGUAAGGAAAGCUAUUGCUACUACUCAGAAAACUAUGAGCGAGAUUGACAUGGGAGAUAUAAAUCAACAGCCCGCUUUGCCUCCUCCUUCGGCUCCCACUAACCCUCUCCCUCCCCCUAAACUCCCAGCAAUUAAGAUACCUGAAUUUAGCGGUGGGGAGGAAGAAUGGCUUGCAUUUUGGGAUAUAUUUAACAGUUUAGUUCACGAUCGUAGGGAUAUUUCCGAUGUGAUUAAGUUUUCUAUACUCAGAGCUAGUUUAAGGGAUAACGCCUUUAAAGCCAUAGAAGGUUUGCUUGUCACUAAUGUCAAUUAUUCAGUAGCUAUUCAGACCCUUAAGGAGAAUUAUGAUAAUAAGGAAAAAUUGAAACGCAGACUUAUGUCCAAACUAACACAUUUAGUCCCUCCCAGUCAUACAAUAGAGGAUUUGAACACGUUCAAAUUGGGAUAUGAGAAGAUUAUUUUACAAAUGAACACAUUGAAUUUAGAUGUAGAGGCCAUGAACCCCGUUUUCUCUAGUAUAAUAUGCGAGAAAUUAUCACCUGAAACACGUAAGGCUAUAGCUAAUAAACAUAAUAGCAUGUCUCUUGAUUUAAAGCAAAUUUCCUCAGGUUUGAAAUAUGUUUGUGAAUUAAUGGAAUUUUGUUACGAAGGUGAGAAUUCUAAUAAGAGAAGACGAGAUCAGGGCAACUUUUCUAAAGUGAUUCCCUCAAAUGUGCAAAACGUGCAGAGAGCACAACCAAGUAACAGUAAACCUAGUAAUAGUAGUCCUUACAAUAAUUGUGUGUUUUGCUCAUCGAACCAUGCCUCUCGCGAUUGUAAGACUUUCAAAUCCAUUGAUAGUAGAAGGGACAGAGUUAAAUAUUUAAGAUUGUGCUUUGCUUGCCUCAAAGGAGGUCAUUUAAUCUCUGAAUGUAGAAAUAAGCCGAAAUGUAAUAGAUGUGAUGGGCCUCAUUACCCGAUGAUUUGUAAGAAAACAGAAAACCCUGUUAAUCCUGCUCCACCAAAGUUGAGUGUAAAAUAG